GCAUCCAGGUGUACAAUACAUCCAUUACUUGUACAAAUGCUGCUAUGAUUAUUUAAUUGACUAAUUUUUUUUUUAUGCUUUGGGUGUUCAUGGUGCAGAUAUAUGCGGUUUCUAUUACUAUUCGUAUUGUGCUUGGUUUUAUGUUGCUCGCCCUCAUAUGGAGGUUUGAUUUCCCACCCUUCAUGGUGCUGAUCAUUGCCAUCCUCAAUGAUGGUACCAUCAUGACAAUAUCAAAGGAUAGGGUGAAACCAUCUCCUCAGCCUAAUAGCUGGAAGCUAGCAGAAAUUUUUGUAACUGGAGUCAUUCUUGGUGGUUACUUGGCCAUGAUGACAGUCAUUUUCUUUUGGGCAGCAUACAAGACAAACUUUUUUCCUGUAAGAAAACUUAUAACUAUAGUAAAUGGGUCAUGAAAUAGUUGAUUGGAUAGACCUGAUAGGUUAUAUGCCAAAGGAUUUCAUAUUUUGUGAAUUGGUGACCAGCCCUGGU